UUAACUUUCAUGCAACUGUCGUAAAUUCCAUGCGCGUAUUUGAUGUAUUCUGCUGGUGUGAUCCUUUUGUUUGCCCUGAUCCCUUUUUUAUCCUGGCCUAUGAGAGUGACUAAUUAAAUUUUCUGGGUUUGUCUUAUGGGAUCAUCAUAGCUGAAUUUUGGAGGGUGGUUGUGAUCUUGGUUAAAGAUUUGAUUUUUGUGGUGUUAUUGCUCGUGCUUUGUGGAAUUUUUGAGUGCUGUUGUUUCUUUAUUGAUGUGAUUGUCAGAGGAAAAGAGGGAAGAAUACUACUAAAUCUUGAAUGGUAUCCAUAUGUACGGGGAACAUGAAUGGACAUGACGGAAAGUGCUUAUUUUUGUUUCAAAGCUGUUUGAAAAGGUGAGACGACAAGAUGAAUAUAUGCGAGUCUGAUAAAAUGGACCUACGGAUUAGAAAAGAGACUAAAGACCAAAUGGAAGGUGUAGGGAGCUAGAGACAGUACAUUUCGAGGAAACCUUAUGGACUAUAAGAAUCUUUAGAUUAGACUGUAGAGGAAGUAUUUGAUUGAUAUAUGAUAUGUAAGCAACAACAUAUCUUUUGGCUGUUGUGACAUGAUUAAUUGACCGGGUCAAAUUACUUUUUAUCUUGUUGGGGAAAUUCAAAAUGUCUAAUGGAGAAGUCAGGAAAGUCUCAGUCCAGGAUAUACAGUUGGUUCAAAAUCUUAUAGAAAGGUGUCUUCAGCUUUACAUGAGCCAGAGAGAAGUUGUGAGUACCUUGUUACACCAGGCAAAAAUUGAGCCGGGUUUCACUGAACUUGUGUGGCAAAAACUUGAAGCAGAAAAUCAGGAGUUUUUCAGGGCAUAUCAUCUGAGGCUGAUAGUGAAAGACCAGAUAGUGCGAUUCAAUCAGUUGCUUGAGAGACAGGUUGAGCUAAUGCACCAAAUACGUCAGACCGGAGUUACUUCUAUUCCUUUGUCUAAUGGAUCUCAGAUGCAUUCAAUGCACAACAACUCAGCUUAUCAGGCCCCUCAACCUGCUGGACCACCUAUAAAAACAGAAACCGUGCACCAAGCUGUGAGUGCCAUACCUAAUGUUUACACUAAUGGGGCAUCCUCCGUGCAAUCAUGCAUGCAAAUUCCGGUCAAUAUGGCGGGUCAUGCUGGAAGGAUUGAUGUAUCUGGAAACAUGCUAUUAGCUCAAAACUCCAACACUGGAAUGAUGCAUGGAAUGAAUGGGAUGAUGAUUAAAUCGGAAGGUGGAUAUGCAGGUGAUUCCCAGUUUAUGUUUGGUGGGGACAACAAUCUUAUGGAACCUCGUAAUGGAAUGGGGGAAGCAUCCAUUUCUCCUUUUGAUGGUGGUGAGUCAAGUUCGCAAGCACUGAAUGAGGCUGUGUUGGACUCGGAGAUGAACUCAUUUGGAUUUUUGGGACAGAUACCUCGAAGCUUCAGUUUAUCAGAUCUGACAGCUGAUUUUUCUAAUAGUACUGAUAUACUGGAGAGCUAUUCUAAAUCUCCAUUUCUGGGAACCGAUGCGAACUUCCUGGACCCUCAUAUCCGGGGUGAACAAGGAGAUAUUAAAAGGUUGGACACUAUAUCGGAGGGCUUGAGUUAUGAAGACUUUGGCAGUGAUUGAGUGUACUAUUACAUGGUGAACUACUUGGAAGGUUUUGGUUGUAAAUAUGUUGUAGAACUAGAAAAGCUUCAUGGUUCCAAACCACUUGAAUAUAUCAUUGAUUGGUGUACUAGUAAUAAUUUAGUCGUGAUUAAUUGUAAUCGAAGUCAUAGGAUCAAGUUAGAAAGUCUCCGCUGUUUUUCUCUUCUGCAGUUAGGCUCGUUUUACUUACAAUUAUGACAGUGAUUACUGCAAUCGUACUGGAGUUUGUCAGCAGAUAUUGGAAUCAUGUAAACAGAUAUUAAUUGUAAUUAUUAGCAAGAAAAGUUGUAACGGGAUGAAGAGGGCUGAAGACAACUGUGUUUUAAUGAAGACUUUUCAUAU